AUGGCGGACCAGGGGAACUACAACAACUGGACCAAAGCUGGUCUAAUCCAGCGGGUAAAGGAGCUGGAGAAGGAGUUGAGAGCUGCAUCAUCAUCUGCACAGAUUUCAGCAUCAAACAAUGAGAUCCCCCAAGCGGCACCCGAACAAAAAGGAGAUGAAGAGUUAUCCCAGCCGGUCAAAAAACCUAAAGCGAAGAAAAAGAUGGACCCGUCCAAAUAUUCUACCCGCUUCAUCGCCCUGAAGCUGGCAUAUCUGGGCAAAAACUUUGGCGGCUUCGAGUUCCAGGCUCAGGGCAACCAGCCGUCCAUCGAGGAGGAGUUAUGGAAUGCCCUCACCAAGGCAUGCCUCAUCUUCCCGGAAGACGAGAAUGUGGUGAACUUUGACUGCUGCGAGUAUUCCAAGUGUGGGCGGACAGAUCGCGGCGUCAGUGCCUUUGGACAAGUCAUUGGGCUGAGAGUACGGAGUAACAGGCCGUUGCCUAAGAAGCAGGCCGAGGUCGAUGAGGAGGCAGAUUUGGUGGAGGAGGAAGGGCAUGAGGUUGCUGGGGAAGAAGAGCAAGCCAAAAAGCAGAGCAAGCCAAAAGCACCUCCAAAACCAUUUGACGAUAUCCGCGAUGAGAUCCCUUACCCCCAUGUUCUCAAUCGCCUGCUGCCCAAGGAAAUCCGCAUCCUGGGCUGGUGUCCGGCACCGCCUCCUGACUUCUCCGCCCGCUUCUCAUGUCGAGAGCGCCAGUAUAGAUACUUCUUCACGCAGCCCGCCUUUGCCCCCACGCCAUCCCUCAUCGAAGACUCAGCCGUCGCAAAGAAGGGAGAGGAAGACAAAAAGCUCAUGAAGCCAGGCUGGCUGGAUAUUGAAGCCAUGCGCGACGCAGCAAAGCGUUACGAAGGCGAGCACGACUUCCGCAACCUCUGCAAGGUCGACCCGGCGAAGCAAAUCACAAACUUCAAGAGACGCAUGUUCGAGUCGGACAUUGUCGAAGUCGAGGACGCAGCAUCAGCUUUGCCGUAUCUCAAAGCCGCUGGUUUCGCCCCCGAGAACAUUGAUCUCUCUUCCGGCGAGGCAUACCCCAAAGUGUAUUACUUCCACGUCCGCGGCUCGGCCUUCCUAUGGCAUCAAAUUCGCCACAUGGUGGCCGUGCUCUUCCUCGUCGGCCAGGGCCUUGAGAAGCCCUCCCUCAUCAGCGAGCUGCUCGACACUGAGAAAAACCCACGCAGACCAAACUACGUCAUGGCCGACGAGGUGCCCCUCGUGCUCUGGGACUGCAUCUUCCCGACCGACCUCAACGACUCCAUAGCGCCGCGACGAAAAGACGACGCUCUGAAAUGGAUAUAUGUCGGCGAGGAUGGACCAAGUGGACGAUUCGGCCAAUUCGGCAUCAUGGACGACGCAUGGCAGAUGUGGCGUGGACGAAAGAUGGACGAGAUCCUCGCGGGCCAGCUGCUGCAGCACAUUUCGCAGCAAGGAAACAAUGGCACCACUGCCACGGCGGUAGGCAAAGCCGCACCCGGCAUCGCGAAUAGCACAAAGGUCUUUGAGGGAGGAAACAAUGGGAGACUGAGCGGCAAGUAUCCUGGCGUGAUGAACAUGAAGCUGCUGGAGUCGGCGGAUGAGCAGAACGACAAGUAUGCCAAGCGAAAGGGGUAUGCGGACGCGGAGGACAUGAGGGCGAAGAAAGGGAUGAAGUCGAACAAGACGGAGGAGGGCGAUGCCGUCAUGGCUGAUGAGUAG